UCCGUCAACACUUCGGACAGACCAGACGUCCUCCCGCUGACUGUAGACCUAGUUUUACGCGCCACCUGUUGCUGUACUCACGCAUAGGACCAACGAAACUUGGUGGAACUUGAGUUUGCGUUUAGCCCAAUCUGAUUUUCUUCAUCGCGCUUCGACACUCUGCACUGGACAUGUGGUGGAUGCUGUACCCGCGAUGGAUUUGGUUUCUUGUCGGACACCUCUGCUUUCUGCGGUUGGACUCUCUUGUCAGGGCGAUGGCUGUGCCCAAGCUCGUUUAUUCACACGCGGGAAUGUGCCCCAAUGAAAUGAACCCAAACCUGUGGGUGGAUGCCAUGAGUACCUGCGAGCGGGAGUGUGAAUCCGAUCGGGACUGUGAAACAUUUGAGAAAUGCUGUGCCAACGUUUGCGGACUCAAGAGCUGUGUGGCAUCCCGCUACUUUGACAUCAAAGGCAAGAAGGGGCCCGUGGGGAUGCCAAAGGAGGCGACGUGCGAGAAGUUCAUGUGCAGCCAGCAGGGUUCCGAGUGCGACAUCUGGGACGGCCAGCCUGUGUGCAAGUGCCGGGACCGCUGUGAGAGGGAGCCCCACUUCACCUGUGCCUCGGACGGCAUGACCUACUACAACAAGUGCUACCUGGACGCCGAGGCCUGUAACAAGGGCGUCACCAUCACCGAGGUGUCCUGCCGCUACCAGCUGCCCUGGUUCAACACCAGCCCCCUUCCCGAGGAGACCACCUUAAACCCCACCACCGCCCAGCUGGAGACCACCCCCAUGGACAUCCAGCUGCCCAUGAUGACCAACAAGCCCAUCCACCAGUCGGUGUUCGUGGGCGAGACGGCCAGCUUCCUGUGCGAGGUGGUGGGCCGCCCCAAGCCCGAGAUCACCUGGGAGAAGCAGCUGGCCGGCCGCGACAACCAGGUGAUGUGGCCCAACCAUGUGCGCGGUAACGUGGUGGUCACCAACAUCGGCCAGCUGGUCAUCUACAACGCCCAGCUCCAGGACGCCGGCAUCUACACCUGCACGGCCCGGAACCUCGGCGGCUCGCUGCAGGCUCACUUCCCCCUGUCGGUGGUCAAGCGCGAGCAGGUCUUCGCGGCUGAGGAGGGGCAGCCAAAGGGCAACAGCAGCAGCGGCGGCAGCGUCCGGCUCCCCGCGGAGGAGUGCCUCAAGCCGCCGGACACGGGCGUCUGUGGUGAGGAGAGCGUGAGCUGGUACUAUGAGGCCAAACGGAACAACUGCUUCGCCUUCACCUACAGCCAGUGCAACAAGAACCGCAACCACUUUGACAGCUACCAGGCCUGCAUGCUGUCGUGUGGGGCAGCCGAGGUGACCGCUCCCUGCUCCCUGCCGCCCGUCCAGGGCCCCUGCAAGGCCUACGAGCCACGCUGGGCGUACAACCGGGCGCUCAAGCAGUGCCAGUCGUUCGUCUACGGCGGCUGCGGUGGCAACGAGAACAACUUCGACAGCCGGGAAGCGUGUGAGGACGCCUGCCCAUUCCCCAAGGGCAGCAACUGCAAGGUGUGCAAGCCGCGGCAGAAGAUGGUGGCCAGCUUCUGCCGCGCGGACUUCGUCAUACUGGGCCGCGUGACGGAGCUGACCGAGGACCAGGACUCGGGCCACGCGCUGGUCACUGUGGAGGAGAUCCUCAAGGACGACAAGAUGGGCCUCAAGUUCUUCGGCAUGGAGCCGCUGGAGGUGACACUGCUCAACGUGGACUGGAGCUGUCCCUGCCCCAACAUCACGCGAGGCGCCGACGCCGGACAGCUCGUCGUCAUGGGCGACGUGCACAACGGCAUGGCAGUGCUCCAGCCCGACAGCUUCGUGGGCGCCUCCUCGACCCGGCGGGUACGCAAGCUCCGCGAGGUGGUCAGCAAGAAGACCUGUGACUUUCUCAAGGAUCUAAGUGCCGCCUAGGCGAGACGAGGCGUGAAGGACGGUUACCUAGUCCGUCCACUAGGGCUGUGAACUUCUCUGACCGUCAUCUGGACUCAAUGACUCAAUGGCUAAUUGAGUCCAUGAUGGAUCAAGCCCUACCAAGAGAUGUAAUGAUGAAUUUAAUAUCCACAUUUCACAAAUGGGACUUUAUAUAUAAAUUUAUCAGAGUAGUAAAAAUCAUAUAUAUAUAUCAUUUAUCUAACAGAUGUAUAACUGAUUGUUCCAUCCUAAAAGAUUUUAUCUUAUGUAUCCUAUAUGAAUCUAGCUUUGAGCGGAAACUUAACUUUUCUUUCAAGCACUUAUACUGUAAAAGGCAUAGGUAAGAAUAUUUUAGUGCAACUAAAAAUUGUUCUUGGUGUUUUUAAAAUGAAAAUUUCCUUCUUGUCAGAAGUACAUGUAUGCCUACUGGGCAAUAAUUGAAGAAAAAUCCAUAACAUGGUGACUUUCAGUGAAGGGGCAUUCAGAAUAGCAGCUUGCAGUAAACCUUUAACUUAUAUACUGAGUAAAUUCUCAGCUGAUCACCGUAAAAAAGGUUAUAUUAAAUAUCAAAUCAAUAUAUGACGACAGAACAUGUAAUGUUUAUGUUCUUGCACCUUGUAAUUCUAUUUUAUGAAAAUACAUA